AUGUGUCUAGCUGACAAAAUGGGUAUAUUGAAUUGCAUCCAAAUACUGUCAAUUGUUCUCAUGUGUCUGGCAGAUGAAUGCACAUAUAUCACGAUAAACCAGGAACAAAUCACGAUGCUAUUGUUUGUAAUUUUGGGUAGCUUCACCCAUGGGACACAUACAAAUCACAUAGAAGUAUUAUAUGUAGGAACCAUAGCAACAGUGUUGUUGAUAGGGAGACGGUGGAAGGGGAGAGAUGGAAGAGGGACAGAGAUGGAGACAGUAGCUGAGGGAGGGAGACAGCAGAGGGAAGGAGAUGGAGACGGAGACGGCAGAGGGAAGGAAAUGGUGGAAGGAGGCAGAAGGAAGAAGGGGGGACAUGGUGUAAGGAGGGAGAUGGCAGAGGAAGGGAGAUGGAGACGACAGAGAGAGGGAGGUGGAGAUGACAGAGAGAGAGACAAUAGAAGGAGGGAGAUGGAAAUGGAAAUGGAGAUGGAGACAACAGAGAGAUGGAGACAGUAG